GUAGAGCCGCGAGACAGAACCGUCUGCACCGAAAAGAUGGAGCUGUCGGCGGCAGGAGACCGGGUUUUCGCCGCGGAAGCCAUUCUAAAAAGCCGCGUUAGGAAAGGUCAUAUCGAGUACCUGGUAAAAUGGAAGGGUUGGGCGCUCAAACACAGCACAUGGGAACCAGAGGAGAACAUCCUGGAUGAUCGACUCAUAAAAGCCUUUGAGCAAAAGGAGAGGGAGCAGGAACUUUACGGCCCAAAGAAACGUGGACCCAAACCAAAAAACUUUGUACUAAAGGCACGGGCUCAGUCGGGUGAUCGACCUCGGAGCUCAUAUACUCGACGCACUCCAUCUUGCACCACUGCAAAGCCUCCCACCGCUUCCUCCUCUGCAAGUUCAGCUACUCCUCAGCCUUCAUCAUCCUCUUCCCACUCUACCGCUCCAACCCCUAGAGUGCAUUCUCUCGCAGCUGCUCAUAAAUUGAAGAAAGACAUACAUCGUUGUCACAUGAUGUCUCGACGACCUUUGCCACGAUCUGACCCUCUGGCCAACUCCACAGGAUCCUCGUCUCGUCACCCCAUUUCUCCAUUUUCUGAAACUGUCCGCAUUCUUAACCGCAGGGUCAAACCACGGGAGGUUAAACGAGGGCGCAUAAUCUUGAACCUAAAGGUCAUUGACAAAUCUGAAAAUGGUGGAAUGACCAGUAGAAGGACACCACAGUCAUUUGCAGGGAGGGCGAAAAUCCCAUCCCGAAAUCGAAUCAUUGGGAAAAAGCAUGGGGACAUGCCUUACAGGCCGUUCCAGCAUCCUAUGAAGAUGUUAGGUAUUCCGAUGUAUGGCCAACCUUUUGGGCUUAACCCCUCUGGAGGGGCAUCCUCUAUGGCCAAUGAAGGGUCCAACACUAGAGCCAGUCAUGGAGGUGGAAGCAGGUGUGGUAGUCAAUCUUCUGCGCAGAGGUUUCAGUACCAGCCUACUCCUUCUCCAUCCAACUCCAGUGGGUCUAAUGGCAGCUCCCCAUCAACUCAGAAACAACCAACUCAAAAAGAAGGCCCUACAUCUUCAGCUAAAUUGACACCCACAGAGUCAUCACGCUCCCAUGAUACCUCCCAGCCUCACCCAAAAUCCAGUUCAACACCAUUCCUUCCUUCUUCACCCUCCUAUUCAUCCUCUCCAUCAUCAUCUCAGGAAGAUGAAGACCUGGGAUCUCUGAAGUCCGCCACUUCUCGGGGCAGAAAACAGGAACUUCGUCAUCAAACCCAGGUGGGUCGAGCUUCGGUCUGCCAGUAAUUGCACCUUGUCUUGUCACCUCCAGUCCUGUAGAGACCAUCAUUCCCAUGUCGUCAGACUUAAAGUUCAGAAUCCACCCAAGAAAUGUUGAUCUCGACAGCUUUCUUGACCUUGUGACAUUGCACCAAGACAUUUUUUUUUGAGUUGCAUUGGAAUUAUGCAGCACAAGAUGCUUCACUCCUGCUUUGGAAGUUCAGCCAGUGUGGGUGAACAUUGUGUUUCCACUCACGCACUUGUUAGAUAACACUUGAUGUGGCAAUACGCCCAUUUUAGGCAUCCGAACCUUGCAUUGAUCUCAACAAUUUUCUCCCAUGCUAAUGAAGAACACCAGUCGUCAUUGCACUUACUAUAUUAUCCCGGCAUAGGCGAGACUGUAUUUAUAUGCACCAAGCUGAAAAAUUCUGAAGACCGUUGUUUCCUUCUGCUUGAACUCCGCUUUAAUUUAGAUGUCUGCUGAGACUCUAAACUGAAGUUUGAAUGCUGAGGACUGCAUCUAAAUUGUGGUACUGUACGUUAAACCUUCCACAUACUCAACUUCCCAUUUUUCUUGAUUGAGAAGAACCUUCUCAUUAUUGCCUUCUGACUACAAUAGUUUGUGUUUCAUGUAAUAGUUACUGUAUUUUUGGGGCUGAGAUAAUUUCUCUCCGAACUUGAUUGGUAGACUUCAAAGAGACUUCUAUUUUAAGUGCGUCUCAAACCUACCAAAUAUAACAGAUUGCCUUGGUUGAUGAAACCCUCAACCACACUUUAAAACAAUGCAGCCUGGGACCAUGUUCAUUGUGCAUAUUUUGCCAGUGACUGCAUGUCGUUGGCUCUUGUUCUUGUCCUGUUGUCUACAGUUCCAACUGGGUGCUAGAAUUGACAAAAAACACAGACCUGGGAUAAAACUUGUUUUGUAGAGUAUUGGGAGGUGUCAGUAUUGAUAUUGAACUGAUAAUAUUAGUCUAUCAAGUUUCAAAAAUGGUUUCCUUAAGAAAAUAAAAUAAAUAAAAGUGUAUCUAAUAAAGAAAAUAAUAAAGAAAGAAAAUAAAAGUGGAUCCCUAGCAGUUACUACUCAACUGUAUUGAACUAGUUUUGAUUCAAAGGAUAAGAAAUUGUUAUUCCAAAAA